AUGGCGGCAAGAAAGGAAGGGAUAGAGUCCAGGGGGGAAGGUAUAGCAGCAAGAGGGGAAGGGAUGGAGGCGAGGGGGGAUGACGUAGUGGCGAGGUUAGAACGUGUAGGUCAGAAGCGGAGCAAAAGAGGGGGAGUGAGGAGGAAACUGGUGCUAGAGGCAUCAUCAGGCGCAGCGUGUGGGGAGGGCGGAGAGGCAGGCACAGGGGGGGCUGCGAGGGGCGAGAGGAGGGUGAUAGAGGCGUGGAGGCCCGUCAAGGGGCGGUACCUGCUCGCGCUCUGCACCUACGGCCGCCUCUCCAACCAGGAAGCGUGCAUGCACAUGUAUUUGGCCCUGGCAGCGCUCCUUAACCGAACGCUCAUCAUCCCGCGCCACGGCUUUGCCAUCUCAGUGGUGGCGGAGUAUCGCUGGCAGUGGGGCGUCAUUGUGAACGUGCCCCACAUGCGCUCCUGCCUCGUGCCGCACUACCCCUCACCCCUUCCUGCUGCUUCUACUGGCUCUCCUGGAUCCGCUGCUGGGGCUGCUGCUGCUGCUGCUGCUGGCUCUGCUACUGCUGCUGGCAGUGGCGUUACCUCUGGCAACAGCAGUGGCAGUGAUGGCGGCAGCAGUAGGGGAAGUGAUGGCAGCAGCAGCAGCAGCGGUGAUAGUAGUGAAUGGAGCUGGCAGGCAGCCAAUGGGGAGGUGCCGAGUGUGAUCAGCCAGGACGAGUACGAGGCACUGGAGGGGCGCAACCUCACUGUGGACCGGAUAGCGUGUGUUGUGCCACACACGUGCCUGAGCCACCCGCAGAUGGUGUUCAAGGCCCUACCAGACAUCAAUUUCGCCUCGCACCUGGAGUACCCGCCUCUGCACUCGCACCACCUCGACGAGCUCCUGCACGUGUUCUCCAGCACCGAUGAAACAGGGCAGGUGGCUUCUGAGUGGACGCAAGAGGCACAGCAGCAAGGCAUGAGGGAACCAGCAGCUGCGUCUGCUCUCGCUUCUUCUGCUUCACACCCCACUGCUACUCUUCUCCAACCACCCACCAUGGCUGGGAAUUACAGCAGCAACGCAACACUCUCACCUUCUUCCUCUUCCUCCUCUCCCCCCUCUCUCUCCUCCUCCUCACCCUCCUCCUCGCCCUCCACCUCUCUCCCCUACGCCGCAACGCCAGUGCUCUCCCUCGGUGAUCUCAACGGGCUCACCCUUGCCGGUCUGCCCUUUGACAUGUUCUCUCCUCACCCGCCCUUCCGCCUCUCCUGUGUCGACCUCUGGCUGCCCCCUCCACCGGUGGAGGGGCUCGUGACCGGAUUUAUAGACACCUUUCUGGGGGGAGACUACGCGGCAGUGCAUCUCAGGAGGUCCGAUUUCUCCCGGGUGUACCACCACGCACACCAAACCAAGAGCCAUCCCGCCUUCCUGCCUAUCGUGGCAGUGGGGCGAUUCAUUAUGAGGCGCCUGGCCGAUCGCAGCGUAACAGCUGUCUACCUCGCCACUGACGCCAGCCAGUACGAAGUGGAGCUGCUGGAGAGGCUUCUCAUGGGAAUGGCACCCGGCAGUCCCCUCAUUGUGGUGCGACUGCCGGCCUUUGGCGCCACUUCGGAUGAAUACCAGCGCUUCCCGUGGGUCAAGAGCACACCGCUCGUUAUGGUGCGUGUGCCGGCCUUUGGAACUGCUUUCUGUGAAUGCCAGCGCUUGCCGUGGGUCAAGGUUCAUGCGGACAGGAUGCCGGUAGUUCCCCCCCUUUCUCCCCUCUUCUCCCUGUUUUCCCCCCAUUCUUCCCCCUUCUCCUCCCUUCUCCCCCUUUUUCCCCACUUCUCCCCUUUUGUUCCCACUGCAACCCCAUUCUCCCCCCUUCUUCCCCUUUCUCCCCCCUUCUCCCCCUUUCUCCCCCGUCCUAUCCCUUUCUCCCACCUUCUCCCCAUUUCCUCCCCCUUCUCCCCCCUUCUCCCCCCUUCUCCUCCCUUCUCCCCCCUUCUCCCCCCUUCUCCCCCUUCUCCCCCUUCUCCCCUUCUCCCCACAUCUCCCCCCUUGUCCGCAUCUGUGCAGACAUUUCACGAGGCCGAGAGGGACAUGGAGGGUGGUACAAACACCAACGGCAUUGCGAGAGCGCUUGCAGAGAAGCACAUAUGCGCACGGGCGAAGCAUUUCAUCGGGACUCCUUACUCGUCCUAUUCCAAAGACAUCUUUCGCAUGCGAGAGGUGCAGGGCUUGGCGUCUUGCGCUGAUGCUUAUAUUGAAGCAAUUUAG